UGGAAGUUCUGGAAAUAUUGCCUCUGGCAAUGGAGACCUCAUGGACCUUUGGGAGUGUCUGGUGAACCCCUCCUCGGAGGAAUGCAAGUCGCUUUUGAAGAAGCACCUGACCCCAGAACGGUUUGAAAAGCUAAAAGAGCGAGAGACCAAAUAUGGCGGAACGCUAGCUGACUGCAUUCGGUCAGGAUGUAAGAAUCUAUACUGCGAAGUAGGCAUCUUCACCUGUGAUCCCCAUGGCUACACCAUCUUCGCCGACGUUAUCGAUGACGUCAUCAAGGACUACCACAAGGUCGAUAAGUUAGAUCACCCAGAGCCUGACCUAGGUGACUUGGAGAAUCUUACGUUUGGUAACCUUGACCCUUCCGGGAAAUACAUCGUCUCUACCCGCAUCCGUGUCGGACGGAACUACGACAACUAUGGCUUUCCACCCAUUUUAACAAAAGACCAACGACUGGCGAUGGAGGCAACCACGAAGGAAGUUCUCCUCAACUUUACCGGGGAUCUUGCUGGAACGUACCACUCUCUGGAGACCAUGAGCCAGGAGGAACAACAAGACCUGAUACAGAACCACUACAUGUUCAGGGUCGAGGACAGCCUAUUGGGAGCUGCCAGCAUCUUUAACGACUGGCCUUCUGGCAGAGGCAUUUUCUUCAACAACGACAAGACCUUCCUUGUGUGGGUGAACGAGGAGGACCAUCUCCGUCUCAUCUCCAUGCAGAAGGGAGGCGACUUGGGAGCCGUCUACAAGAGACUCUGCACCGCCAUCAAGACAAUAGAGGGAAGUGAUGUGCAGUUCGCCAAGAGGAAAGGUCUGGGCUACCUGACGUUCUGUCCGACCAACCUGGGUACAACCCUCCGUGCUUCAGUCCUCAUCAAGAUCCCCCACCUCUCUGCCCAACCGGACUUCGGGAAAUUCUGCGAGAAUCUCCACCUACAGAUUCGAGGUUUCCACGGGACGCGGACCAAGGGUGUUGAUGGCAUCUACGACCUCUCCAACAAACGUCGACUCGGUCUCACGGAGUUUCACGCCGUCGAGGAGAUGCGUCGGGGCGUGGAAAUAUGCCUCACGCGGGAAAAGGAACUUGAGGCAGCCCAAAAACGCAAGGCCCAGAAACGCAAGGCUUAGUCUUCGGACUAUUUAUUGUUGAAA